AUGGGAAACGAAUCGUACCUCACUGAGAUGGCCGAUAAACACGAAGACCUGCUCUAUCAGGUCCACCCGUCGGAUCGGGAAAUGCCAUUCCUGAUGCAAAUGCGGUAUUUCGAAAGAGUGGAGUUCGAUAGGGUCGUCAAAACAACACUAACGAAAAACCAACCGAAGAAGGACAACGCAAACGCUAAAGUCUGGCAAACGCUAUUCAAGGAAACUAUGGACACCACCUACAGGCAACACCACAAGGUUUUCACCGAUGCUUCCAAAACGGCCACGAACGUGGCCUUUGCAGUCUACGACGAAACUGACUCGGAAGUUAUCAGCGAGGGAAUCAACAACAACUUUUCCAUCACGAACGCCGAACUCCUUGGUAUCCUUAAAACGGUGGAACUAAUCAAAAACAAGGGCUACAAGAAGGCAGUGAUACUCACGGACUCCAGAAGUGCCUGCGAUAUGUUGCUUAACGAGAAAUCCUUUGAAGAAAAUUACGUGCUUGCGGAAGUCUACAAAGAGUUCUACGGAAUGCGUGGAAACAACAUCCGGAUCCAGUGGAUUCCAAGCCACAUGGGUAUUCAAGGAAGCGAGAAGGUUGACCAAGAGGCAGUGAACCAAACUAGACUUCCUCAAACAUUCUUCAACACAAUCACCAUGAGUGAUGCGUUAGUAGUGAGCAAGCAAGGAAUUUGGGACGAGUGGACGAGAAAGUACCAAAGACUGUCAAACGAUAAGGGAAAAUGGCAUUUCCAAAUCCAAGAGCGACCUUACAACAGGAAGAUAUGGAGUAAAAACCUUCUACUGAACCCGGAUGAAAUCAAAACCCUCAGCAGAAUCAGAACCGGACACUGUUUGACCAAGGAAAGGAAAGCCAUGUGGGGGUUGGAAAAGGAUGACCAAUGUGAAUGGUGUGAAACAACUGGAAACCUGAAGCACAUACUGUACGACUGCCCACGAUACAAUCAGUCAAGAGUCGAACACUCAGCUCUUGAGUAUAUGAAACCCCUUGAAACAAUACUACUGGAGAAUUUUGAAGAAGAGUUGAAGCAAAUUGUGCACUUCCUGAAAGUGAACCAAAUCCACAUCUGAGCCAGGAUCCUGGCGAGCCAGGAUCUGAGCUUUAAACCCGGAAAUGAACUUCCUGACGAAUGGAGUUUUCAAACGUGGGCUUGUCACCAGCAUUACAAAUGUCUGUUGAGAGUGCGACAUCUGUCUCCCCAUCUGUGGGCGGCAAUAAGAGAGACACUUGGACAAUAGGUUUGCAUAAUACAGUUCACUGUAAGAGUCCGUGUAAUAAACAUCGCUGUAUCGUACGUUCGUCGUUUUUCCACUGUAUACGCGAAUACCGAAAGUUCCCCGGAUCGAUUCCCUGGUUCCGUCGUCGGUAGUGGUUCUACUGCAUGGCCAGUCCGCUGUGGUCCACUUCGCUCUACAAUGUCAAUGUUCUUGGAAGAGAGAAACUGUAACAGGUACUCACCUCUGGUGUUUAUAUUGGUACUUCCCCAUACGGCGUGAUGUGCAUUUGCGUCGCACCCUCUGACGAAGGGGAUGU